UCUAUCUGUAUAAUACACAGAUACAAACGAACGCAUGCGCACCCACGCACACAAACACACACAACUAUGUGAGCGUACUAAGUGCAAGCAGAGAUUACUGUAAGCAUUGUCUGAAUCAUAUUUUGCUGACCGGUUAAAUUCACUUAUCUCUAAUCUGUCCUAUAAAGGAAUCCAAGUGCCGUGUGCUUGACUUUCCAGACUUUAGCAACCUCAAUCCAAACAAUCCAACAGGCUCAAGAAAACAAUUUGACUGUCAUGAACGGAACAGAAGGCCCAGACUUUUAUGUUCCCAUGUCCAAUGUGACCGGCGUGGUACGCAGCCCGUACGAGUACCCGCAGUUCUAUUUAGCAUCACCGUGGGCUUUCUACUGCAUUGCUGCUUAUAUGGCCUUUCUCAUCAUUACCUGCAUCCCUGUGAAUUUCCUCACGUUGUACGUGACCGUCAAAAACACAAAACUCCGGACACCUCUGAAUUACAUCCUUCUCAACCUGGCUGUUGCCGACCUCUUUAUGGUGUUUGGAGGAUUCACCACAACGCUCUACACGUCCAUGCAUGGAUAUUUUGUCCUGGGUCGUGGGGGAUGCAACCUGGAGGGACUCUUUGCAACGCUCGGCGGUGAGAUUGCACUGUGGUCGCUCGUGGUCUUGGCUUUUGAGAGGUGGGUGGUGGUCUGCAAGCCCUUCACGAAAUUCCGCUUCGGGCAGGUCCAUGCCACCUUCGGCGUCGCCUUAACUUGGAUAAUGGCCUGUUCUUGUGCCAUACCCCCUCUCGUCGGAUGGUCUCGUUAUAUCCCUGAGGGUUUGCAGUGUUCGUGUGGGGUGGAUUAUUAUACGUUAAAUCCUGAAACUGAAAACGAGUCUUUUGUCAUCUACAUGUUCAUCGUUCACUUCUCAAUUCCUCUUAUCAUUAUUACGUUCUGCUAUGGCCGCUUGCUCUGCACAGUCAAGGUGGCAGCCGCCCAGCAGCAGGAAUCUGAGACUACCCAGAGAGCGGAGCGUGAGGUUACCCGUAUGGUCGUCAUCAUGGUUAUCUCAUUUCUAACAUGUUGGCUACCCUAUGCCAGCGUCGCUUGGUACAUCUUCACCCAUCAAGGCAGUGCAUUUGGCCCCGUCUUUAUGACCAUCCCAGCAUUCUUCGCCAAAAGCUCCGCGCUCUACAACCCACUCAUUUACGUCUGUAUGAACAAACAGUUUCGUCACUCUAUACUAUUAACUGUGCUUGGUAAAGAUCCUUUCCAGGAAGAUGAAGACACUUCCACCUCUUCCUCCAAGACCGAUAAAUCAGCCGUGUCCUCCAGCUCGGCAUCCACUGCCUGAAGGCCACUUAUACAAAACGUACUAUUCUGCUGCAUGCAACUUACAAAUACUUUUGAAAGAAACAUUCAGAAAGGGUAGAUGGAGUGUUUGUGGUCACAUCAAAACAGAUGUGACUGGGUAGGUAACUAAAUAUUUGUGCAAUUAUAUACACACUGUUAGACUGGGGUGGUACCCUAAAAUUUAUGUACAUUAAGGAUCUAUUGUGUAUCUUUAAAGGUGCAGUUAAUUUAA